ACCCGAUCCCUCCCACUUCUUCAAUUUUAAGGGAGUAUGAACGAGAAGAGACCAAGUGUUAAACAUUUUGAGGAAAUGUUUUUUUUUCUUGACUAAAGUUGAUCCUAUUUUGCAUUUAUUAAGCCAAGUUCAGUUAUCAUUAGCUUGUCAUCCGUUCAACUUGCUCCUCUUGACGUAAGGAGAUUCGCUUAUCCAAAUCACUUAUAAUCAUCAUGGGUGAGGAGUUGGACAAGGACCAGAUUGCAAUUUUGCAGAAAGCCUUUGACAGUUUUGCACAAGGAAAGGGCUACAUAACGCCCGAAAUGGUUGGAACAAUUCUAAGAGUGAUGGGACAAGCAUUUAACGAACAAACGCUUCGAGAACUUAUUGCUGAAGUGGAUGAGGAUGGGUCUGGACAAAUUGAAUUCACAGAAUUUGUCAUUUUGGCGUCAAAAUUUAUUGUGGAGGAGGACGAGGAAACACUCCAAAAGGAGUUGAAGGAGGCGUUUCGGUUAUACGAUAAAGCAGGGAACGGCUACAUCCCAACUUCAAGCUUGAAGGAGAUUCUCCGAGAGUUGGAUGACAAAUUGACCAACGAAGAGUUGGAUGGAAUCGUGGGAGAGAUUGACGAGGACGGCUCGGGGACUGUUGACUUUAAUGAGUUCAUCGAAAUGAUGACCGGGUAAACUGGAAGGUGCCCAAGUGAUGAUGGACCAUGUAACAACCCUGCGUCAGCCAAUCAGCCAACUUUCCCCAAAAUUUCUAAUCUUGAUGUAUUGGUUGUUUGGAUUCUUAUUGGACAAUGAAUAUUUAUCAGUGCAUCAUGUAUGCAGCUGGUUUACGCAACUGACUAUUGUAACACAAUUACUUGUUAUUAUCCUCUUAAUAAAUUGCUUAUUUUGAUUAACCUAAUA